AUGACACCGCCUACCUCAUAUCAUAAAAAAGCAAAGCAAAGUUGUCCAGAGUCAAGAUCAAAUAUUUAUUCACGAAUUACCUUUUACUGGAUGACUCCACUUAUGAAACUUGGCCAUGAAAAAUAUUUAACAAUGGAUGAUUUAUGGAACUUGAAUUACGAUGAUCAAUCCCAUAGAAUAUCUCAAAAAUUUGAGCAAAUUUGGAAAAAAGAAUUAACCAAAAAAAAUCCGUCUUUGUUAAAGGCUUGUGCAAUAACUUUUGGUGGCCCAUUUGCUUUUGCAGCGAUAUUUAAAGCAAUACAGGAUUGCUUGAACUUCGUGCAACCUUUACUUUUAAGAGAAUUGAUAAUUUUUGUCAAAAGUUAUGAUACAAAUGAUCCAUUACCUCCAUAUAGAGGUUAUUGUAUUGCAGCUUUACUUCAGACUGUGUUUUUACAUCAAUAUUUUCAAUUAUGUUUUACAACUGGAAUGAGGGUCAGAGCUGGUCUGAUAUCUGCAAUUUAUCAAAAAUCACUUAAUCUUUCAAACAGCGCUCGUCAAAAAUCUACAGUUGGAGAAAUUGUAAACCAUAUGAGUGUGGACGCACAAAGAUUUAUGGAUCUAUGCACAUACCUACACAUAAUUUGGUCAGGUCCUUUACAAAUAUUCUUGGCCUUAUACCUCUUAUAUGAAACAAUGGGUGCUAGUAUUUUUGCCGGUGUUGGUGUUAUGUUAAUGAUGUUGCCUGUUAAUGCAUUUCUUGCUGGAAAAAUGAGAACUCUACAAAAGAAACAAAUGGUUAAUAAAGAUGAAAGAAUCAGAUUAAUGAAUGAAAUACUUAAUGGAAUCAAAGUUAUUAAACUUUAUGCUUGGGAAUCCGCUUUUUUGAAAAAGAUCUUUCAUGUUAGAAAUGAUUUGGAGUUAGAAACUUUGAAAAAAUUGGGAUAUCUUAGCUCUUUACAAGUUUUUACAUGGUCAUCUACACCUUUCCUUGUUUCAUUUGCGGCAUUUGCUGUUUAUGCAUUUGUCUCAAAUCAACCAUUAACUUAUGAGGUUGUGUUUGUCGCUUUGACGUUAUUCAAUUUACUUCAAUUUCCUCUUUCCGUUUUCCCGAGCGUAAUUUCUUCUACUGUGGAGGCGUCUGUUGCUUUAAACCGCAUGGAAAAUUUUUUGAAGGCUGAUGAACUUGAUCCUAAAGCUGUAAUUCGUACCAAGCAAUUUGAUGCUUCGUCCGGCAAUAGAGUUGAAAUGGUUUCGGUAAAAAAUGGCAUUUUCAGUUGGUCAAAAGUAUUGGACCCUGUUUUAGAAAAUAUUGAUCUCAGUGUUAAAAUUGGAGAAUUGUGCGCUAUUGUUGGAAGAGUUGGCUCUGGAAAAACUUCACUAUUAUCUGCCUUGUUAGGUGAAACAGAAAAAGUAAAUGGAGAAGUAGUAGUGAGAGGAAGUGUAGCAUAUGUUCCACAAUCAGCAUGGAUUAUGAACGCAACACUUAGAGAUAAUAUCACAUUUGGUUAUAAGUAUGAGCCUGAUUUUUAUGAUGAGGUUAUUGAAUCUUGUAGUUUAAAAUCAGACAUCGCAAUUCUUCCCGGUGGUGAUUUAACUGAAAUUGGUGAACGAGGUAUUAAUCUUUCAGGUGGACAAAAGGCAAGAGUUGCUUUAGCUCGUGCAGUUUAUUCUCGUGCUGAUAUAUAUUUAUUAGAUGAUACGCUAUCAGCUGUUGAUGCACAUGUUGGCAAGCAUAUAUUUGAAAAGGUCAUAGGCUCCAAUGGUUUAUUAAGGAAAAAAACACGAAUUUUUGUUACUCACGGAAUACAUUAUCUUUCUCAAACCGAUUUUAUUGUGAUGUUACGUGAGGGAAAGAUUACCGAACAAGGAAAUUUUGAGUCUUUAAUGAAACAAAAAUUGGAAUUAUAUAAUUUGAUUAGCGAAUUUGGUCAAGAAGAAAUUGUCGAAGAAGAAGAAGUAUCAAGUCCUAGCACCAUAGAGACUCAUGAAAUUGGUAAACAAAGUCACGUUCAAAAACUGGAAGAAACCAGUCAAAGUCCCAAUGAAAGAAGAGUCAGCGUUGCAAGCAUUCACCGUCGACCAUCUCUUAUUACUGUUAGAAACAAAAAACAAGAUUUAGAAACCAAUAAAGAUGCCAUUAUUGUCAAAGAAGAAGCUGCUAAAGGAAGUGUCCAGUGGUCGGUUUAUAAAGCAUAUGCUGAAUCUUGCUCGACUCCUGCUGUAGUUUUCUAUAUUACUAUGUUGAUUAUUGCUCAAGGCGCUCAAAUCGGAACCAAUGUAUUUUUAAAAUAUUGGAGUUCUCAAAAUGACAAUGACAAUGUAUUAAUAUAUCUGGGAUUUUAUGGUAUGAUUGGGCUAUUGUAUUCUGUCUUGACAAUCAUUCAAACCAUUAUACUUUUGGUAUUUUGCACUAUUCGAGCUGCACGAAAGUUACAUGAAGAUAUGUUGAAUAGUGUUGUUAGGUCUCCAACAUCAUUUUUUGAUACAACUCCAUUAGGACGUAUUUUGAAUAGAUUUAGCAAAGAUCAGUACACUAUAGAUGAAGUUUUGCCAAGAACAUUUGCGGGAUAUUUUAGAACAAUAUUUUAUGUAUUGGCAACUAUUUUAGUUAUUGCAUUCUCUACACCAUUGUUUAUUAUUGUUAUUAUUCCAAUGAUAUUUGUAUAUCGGUAUAUCCAAGUUUACUAUUUAUCUACAUCAAGAGAAUUAAAAAGAUUAGAUUCAGUAACAAGAUCUCCCAUUUACGCACAUUUUCAAGAAACAUUAGGCGGCGUAACUACUAUAAGAGCUUAUCAGCAAACUGAUAGAUUUAUUGAAGAAAAUGAAAGUAGACUAGAUGAAAAUCAAAAGGCCUAUUUUCCAUCUAUAUCAUGUAAUAGAUGGUUGGCUGUUAGAUUAGAAUUUUUGGGUUCAUUGAUAAUAUUUUCCGCAUCAAUUUUAGCUGUUGUCACUUUAUUAACUACAGGAAAUCUUGAUGCAGGUCUUGUUGGAUUGUCUGUAACUUAUGCCCUUAGUGUUACUCAAGCUUUAAAUUGGGCAGUUAGACAAUUUUGUGAGAUUGAGACCAAUAUAGUAUCCGUUGAAAGAGUUAAAGAGUAUAUUGAAUUACCAAGUGAAGCACCUCUUAUUAUUCACGAUAAUAGACCCGCACCAACUUGGCCUCACAGUGGAUUAAUUGAAUAUAAUGAUUACUCGACUCGUUAUCGCGAAGGACUUGAACUAGUGUUAAAAGGAGUUACAUUUAAAAUACAACCCAAAGAAAAAAUUGGCAUAGUUGGCAGAACAGGCGCAGGGAAAUCAAGUUUAACAUUAAGUUUGUUUAGAUUGAUAGAAGCUGUUGAUGGUGAAAUUAUAGUGGAUGGUGUUAACAUAUCAAAAAUUGGAUUAUAUGACUUACGUUCACGUCUUACGAUCAUUCCACAAGAUCCUAUUCUUUUUGAAGGUACCGUUGCUUUUAAUCUUGAUCCAUUUGACGCACACGAUGACGUUGAGAUUUGGCAAGUGCUUCAAAGUGCACAUUUAAAAGAUUAUAUUUUGAAGUUGGAGAAUAAGUUACAUGCCAAAGUUUUAGAAGGUGGCAAUAACUUUAGUCAAGGGCAAAGACAACUGUUAUGUUUAGCAAGAGCUUUGUUGAGGAGGUCGCCUGUUAUUGUGUUGGAUGAAGCCACUGCAAGUGUUGACGUAGAAACUGAUUACAAUAUACAAAACACUAUUCGUAGUGAAUUUAACUGGGCAACUUUAUUAUGUAUUGCUCAUAGACUAAGAACAAUUAUUGAUUACGAUAAGGUUUUGGUACUCGAACAAGGAAAAGUUGCAGAAUUUGACACGCCUUAUAAUUUAUUACAAAAACAAGACAGUUUAUUUAGGAAACUUUGCGAGGAAAGCAAUGAACUUGGUUAUUUGCUUGAAGCCGCAACUAAAAAGAUUGAUGUGUGA